CAUGGUCACCCAUAAAUAUCUUUUCCUUUUAAAAAGAUGGAGAUUUUUUCUAUUUUAACUGAAAUAUUCUUACCUUUAAACUUGUUAUUUUCAGGGAAAAAAUUAUUUAGUCUGGAAGCUGAGUGAUUUAGAAGACUGUGAUAGAGUGGUUUCAUUGUUCCUGUUCGGUGAAUGUUACGCCAAGCUUUGGAAAGAAAACACGGGUAUCGUGAUUGGCCUGCUCAACCCAUCCUUCAUGGCUCCAUCGGAAAAGAGUUCGUCCAAAAAUGAAGUGUGUUUGACGAUCGACCACCCUCAGAAAGUCAUGAUGAUGGGAAAGGCAAAAGACCUUGGCCGAUGUCAGUCCAGGACUAAGGCUGGCAACUUCUGCACAAAUGUAGUCAAUAAACGAACAGGUGAAUACUGUUCAUAUCAUGUGCAGGCAGCUUAUCGGAAGACCUCGUCCAAAAGGCCAGCACUUCAAGCAGGGUUUAACGCACCAGUUCCACGGAGCUUCGAGCAGAAACUCUUCAAUGCCGGCCAGGAAGUUUUCUAUGGCGGUCAGUCCUUCUCGUCAGAAAGUUUUAGACGUCAGAAGAAAUCAGAAAAAGUAACACUCAGUUCAAUGAACAAGCACAAAAAACCAGGUACCAUGUCAUUAGUGAAGUUACAACCGGAAGAUGAGGAAAAAUUGAAAGAUUUAGUCAGCACGAAAAAAGAAGCCUUCCAAGAUAUGUUACAGCGGCCUACAGUUGGAGCCAUCAACUUCAUGAAGCAUCUUCAGGGUGCUGAGAAGAUAGAAAAAGAGAAGAAGCAAAAAGACCAACCAAUGGCAUCAGUUACAUUCACAGACUUCCUGAAAGAAGCAAAGCAAGUAAUGGCUCGGAAUCGAAAAGGCGCCAAGUUACCACAGGCAGCUGGAUCGUCGUCACAGGCAUCUGGAGUGACUCCAGCUCCCUCAACAGCAAGACCGCAGUUAGGACGUGGUUUCGCACCAGGAACAGAUAUCUUCCUAGAGAGCCCGACUAAGAAUAAAAAAAGCCAAGAUUCUAUUUGGGGUACUGGUACUGAAGAAAGCCGUGAGAGAUCAUCACUGCCUGGGGUAGCCAGUAACCUUAAGAGUAUAAGCAGGAAACAAGCUGCAGCCAAAUUGAAGAAAAAUAUCGAACAACAGGAUCCGAACCGUGUCAAGAAGAGAGUCUCACCGGAAGCGCAACAGCGCAUCAAGAAAAGAUUGCUUGAAACUACUGAAGAGAAGGAGAAUCCCUCCGAAUUGACGCCUCCGUCGAAGAAGCCGAGAAUUCUUGGCGGCCUAGAUAUCGAUUCUGAAGAGGUUCAGAAGUUGCUAAAAGAAGGAUCAUCCCACAAAGGAGCUGUUGACGACGUUAUCACCGAAGCUGAAGAGAAAUACUUCAAAGCUCUCGAGUGCAAGGAAUCCAUGGAGGAGAAGAUGUCCAAGAUCACACAGGUUCUCUGUUCAGUGGUCUCCUGCAAAGUGUGCAAGUAUACUGCUCAGAAACCUGCCGAUCGCUGUAAGCAACUCGGACAUGAUCUUUUGCGGACAAAGGCACUGAAACAAUUCUUUAAAUGUUGCGACUGUGGAAAUCGAUGCAUUGCUUUUGAUAAAUAUCCCAAGAGAAGUUGCAAAAAAUGUGGUGGCUCAAGAUACGAGAGGACAUCAAUGCUAGCAGAACGUAAAGGAGUGAAAUUGGAUAGUGAGAAGCUGCUGCUUCGAGGGGAGGAGCAGAAGUUUUUGAACAGCUUAAACUGACCAACUGAAUAAACUGUGUGAAUCAGAAUGUGGAGUAUUCUCUACGAAAACUGGUU